AUGGACCAAAAGAUGCGGUCUUCGAUACGCUUCCUCUCUCUGGCAGCGCUGCUGGCUGUAGCACAAACUCUUUCUCUCGCGCCUCCAGUACUCCAAGAACGCACUUCGUAUAAUGGUGGUUGGGCCCUCGCAAUCCCAGGAACGAGUUGUCCCGCCGAUGCACCAGUUGCGUGUCCAACAGCUGGAGGAAAUGUAAACCCAGCAUGUUGUCCCAACGGACAGACGUGUUUUGGCCUCGAGAAUCAACAUUGUUGUCCGACGAACUCCGAGUGCGAAAAUGUUGUAACAAACUUCCCAGCCUGCGCAAACUCCACAUGGAACAUGUAUGCGCUCUCCUUCUCCUCCCGCACCUUCUUCUGCUGCGAACCAGGACAAUACGGCGUCCUCCCUAUUUCUGGUUAUACCGGCAUCUGCGAGCCUGUCGACCAGCCUGUUGCUUCGUCUCUCGUUGCUACACCUGCGAGCCAAGCUGGCGGGACGGGUGUUGCGACCGCUGUUCAAGCUCCAAGCACUGGGACAGUGACGAGUACGAUGAGGAAUGGUGCCUUGACGACGAUCUUGACGACGGCUCUGGUGGCCACUGCGAGUGGCACCGCAACAGGAACAGGAAAUGGAAGUCCUGCGAGUACUGCAGGCGCUACUGGUUUUGGGUUCGGGCAGAGUGGAACGGUGACUUUCCACAUCUCGAAAGGAGGCCUCAUUGGGAUUGUGGUUGUUGCUGUUGUUGUCCUGACUUCCAUUAUCAUAUUUUGCGUGUAUUGGCGGAAACGGAAAGCGGACAGGAGACGAGGAGUAGCAGCGUUGGGGGGUAAUGGUGGAGGGGCGGUGUAUGCUGGGACUGGCACUCCAAUGCGUGCUGCUUUUCCACGGACGGAUGACACGAGUCCUGGUGUUGUGUAUGCGCAGCCGGUGGGUGGGAGCCCGGUCGUUCAGCAGGGAUAUCCACAGCAGGAUUAUGGGAAGAGUGAGCUGCCAUCUCCGGUGAUGCACGCGAAUACUCAUCUUGCUGUGUCUCCUAAUAUGGGGGUGCCGGCAUCACGGAGAUGGGAGGGCCCAUACGGGAGGGUGGAGAUGCCAUAGUCAGGGGAAUUUCGGGGAGUUUUGGCUUGCACGAGCGAGAGGCGUUACUUGAGGGGCUUUUAUCUGAAAUUGCUGUCAGCGGGCUUGUAUUUAUUGCGUUCUUGGGCUUCUGAAUCGCCUUUCUCGAGAGCCGGCGGGCCCGUGUCUCCGGUGCAUCAGUGCAGAUUUCCAAUUUGUUAGUAGAUCGGACAAAAUGAUGCCCGUCAUGUAUGUCUUCUGCUUUCUUAACUUCGCUUGCCUGUUUCGCCCC